CGGCACUUGUUGAAGAUGUGAAGACCAUAAAGUUGGAAAUGUCAAACCUCAAGAGCUCAAUUGAAUUCGCUCAUGAAACGGCAGAUCAGCUAUCUGCGACAGCAAAAUCGUUGGAGGGCAGAAUUGUGCAAGUUGAGGAGCAUACUAACUUGAUUCAUGCUAUGGCAGCGGACUUGAACAAAUUCAAGGAAGACCUUCAGGACAAAGAGCAAUGGGCACGGGCUAAUAAUGUUGAAAUAAGAGGGGUUCCACUUAAAAAGACUGAGAACCUCUAUGAUAUCGUGGGCCUAAUCGGCAAUAUCAUAAAAUGCCCCGUACGUAAAGAGGACAUCAAUUACAUUGCCCGGGUCCCGAGCCUCAAGUCGGACUCUGAGAAGUCCAUUAUUAUGUCACUUCAUAAUCGGUACAGUAAGGAGGAGUUUAUAUCAGCGGCACGUCAACACAGGGAACUCCCUGCUUCUCAGCUGGGGUACAGCGGCGGUGGCAAUGUUUACAUUAACGACCAUCUUACUUUAUAA